UUUAUAACAAAGAGAGAAAACUACAAAGAGAGAGAGAAAGAGAUGGGAGGUGAGUUCUGUACAAAGUUGGGAACUGGGUUUUGGAAAAGAGUUGGGAAGUCAUGGACGAAGAUGGAGAACUCCUUAAACGACACCGUUUCGAAGAGCUUUAUAGGGAGAUACUUCAAGUUAGAAGCCAGAAAGAGCUGUUUCACCAAAGAACUUCGAGCUGGGCUAGCCACUUUUCUCACCAUGGCUUAUAUUAUCACGGUCAACGCCACCAUCAUCGCCGACUCCGGAGGGACUUGCUCGGUCGCUGAUUGUUCCGCUCCGGCGAACCAGACAGCCACGUCAGAUUGCAUGGUCACACCCAACGCUGGUUACCAAGCUUGUCUUUCAACAACCAAGAGUGACCUCAUUGUGGCCACUGUUCUAUCAGCCAUGGCGGGGUCCAUUGCUAUGGGAGUCUUGGCCAACCUUCCUUUGGGUUUGGCCCCUGGAAUGGGCCCAAAUGCUUAUCUUGCUUAUAACUUGGUGGGGUUUCAUGGAACCGGGCCAAUGUCUUACCAAACCGCUCUAGCUGUGGUCUUGGUCGAGGGGUGUGUGUUCCUUGCACUAUCUGCUUUUGGGAUCCGGGCAAAGCUGGCCAGACUCAUUCCCCAUCCAGUUCGGCUUGCUUGUGCUGCGGGAAUUGGGCUGUUCAUUGCAUUUGUGGGCCUGCAGGCCCACCAGGGAAUCGGCCUUGUUGGGCCCGAUUCAUCUACUUUGGUCACCAUCACUGCUUGUUCCAGAACAAACCCAGAAACCGGUGAGUGCCUGGGGGGGACAAUGAGAAGCCCAACAUUCUGGCUGGGAUCAGUUGGUUUUUUAGUAACCAGUUAUGGCUUAAUGAAGGGCAUUAAAGGUAGUAUGAUUUAUGGCAUUCUCUUUGUGACAUUGGUAUCAUGGUUUAGAAACACGUCUGUUACAUAUUUUCCUAGUACUCCACUUGGUGACAAAGAUUUUGAGUAUUUCAAGAAAGUUGUAGAUUUUCAUGGAAUCCAAAAAACAGCUGGGGCCAUUAGCUUUACAAACUUUAACACAAGUGAGGUUUGGGUGGCAUUAAUGACCUUGUUGUAUGUAGAUGUUAUGGCCACAACAGGCACAUUGUACACUAUGGCUGAAAUUGGAGGCUUUGUCAAUGAGAAAGGCAGCUUUGAAGGUGAGUACUUGGCCUACAUUGUUGAUGCCGGAUCAACUAUUGUUGGCUCAACACUGGGAGUUACAACAGUUGCCACAUACAUAGAAUCGGCGGCUGGAUUGAGAGAAGGCGGCCGGACAGGGUUAACGGCUGUGGUCAUCGGUUUCUGCUUCUUCAUUUCACUGUUUUUCACUCCUCUUCUUUCUAGUGUGCCUCCAUGGGCCAUAGGGCCUUCCCUAGUAAUGGUUGGAGUGAUGAUGAUGAAAGUGGUGAAGGACAUAGAUUGGAGCAACAUGAAAGUGGCAAUUCCUGCUUUUAUGACAAUUCUUCUGAUGCCACUUACCUAUUCCAUAUCAAAUGGGAUCAUUGCUGGGAUUGGGCUUCAUAUUGCUCUUAACCUGUAUGACUAUUUUGUUGGGUUGCUUAAGUGGUUGAUGAAGACGAGAAAAGUGUUUGUGAAAGAGCAUAAUCAGGUGUCUGCUACAGCUGUUGCAGAGCCUACAGUUGAAAUCAUCUGAAUGUUUUCUUUUCAUUUUAAAGUCUGUAGUUUUAGUGUUUGGAGAUGAGUAUAGGACUUUCAAGGAGUGGUGGGAAAUCUAGGAAAACUCUUUUAUAGAUUUGUAGACAUUAUUUGAUCUAUUAGCAAUGGAUGCACAAGGUUUGAGUAGAUAGAUUUGAAGAACUUUUUAUGUUAACAAAGGGAAUCUUUCAAUGCUAACUUGUAUAAACAUUGGUAGUGGAUCAAUGUGUAGUUGCUUCAUCUAUACGGUUUUGUACUCUUGUCUGAGAUAAGCAUAAUGUGAGAAUAUAACUGUUGUACUUUUUUUUCUUUAGGACAAAUCAAAUCCAAGUAGAUGCAAGGUUAGUUUUGUCACAACUUUUGGAUUUAACGACAAGGCUUAUAUGUGAUAAAUAAAACUUGAUAAAAUUCAAGAUCAUAGUAAUGUAAAAUUUCGAUGUCAUUUAUACAUUCCAAAACAAAAUCUAUUCACAAAAGGCUGGUCAUAAUUUUUUUAACUACAUAAUCUCAUUUGAUUUAACAUUCUGAAACCAAAGCUAUUCACAUAAAAGGCUGGCCAUAAGCUUUGCACCACAUUUUAUAAAGUUUGAUGAGAUGGGAUUAUGUGGUAAGAAAGUUACGACAAGCAUUUUCUGUAAAUAACAUGUAUUUUGGAAUGUAAAUGACAAAAUUUAGAUGAUUAUGAAUCUUGCUUGCAUUUUAAGGAAUUCCAUUAAGUUUUAUGACAAUGUCUAUAUGCUUCUUAUGAACCCUCUUUUUUGUUUUUACAGUCACAAUACUUGAUGAAAUUUCUUAAAACACAUGAUUCAUGUCAU